GAAGAUUUUUCGAUUCUCCUUUUAUCACUUACUAAUAUGAGCUAUUUUCGCUAUUGUCGCAUAAAAUGACCCAUGUAAUCGCGAAUAUUUAGCGGGGCUUUAUCAGUGCGAGCUUUAAACGCGAUGUGCUGCGGCGCGGCGAGACGCACGUGUAGCAAUGCGUCGUCGCAAUGCCUUCCUCUACGCUAUGUGCAAGCAAUAGUUGCUAAAAUAGUUGCUAGACUGCACAACUGGGCCCGGACUGCACUAUUGCCCGGAAACGGCUCAGACGCUGCUCCCCUACCGUCUCGGUGCCGGCGCGCUCAUUCUCAUCCGACUUGUAUAAUUAAUAACUCGAUCAUUAAUAUAAAUAUCGCGCAAAACAAUACGGGACUUUUUUUGCUCGCUUCAAUCACCGUUCCACACUCCCACAAACUCGGUCAGAAAUUUGCAAAUUUCCAAGACACAAGCCGAAGUUUAUUCUCCGUGACUCUAAUUUAGUCCUGAAUCCGAUGACCUGACUCUGAACCAAACCGAACUUGACGAAAUUAAUCUCGGAUUAAAAAAAUAUACGUUUCAAGUAAACGAUAAGAAGCGACGGUGAUAAUUUGUUUGUGAAAUUACGACGUGGACGUAAAAUCCGGGCACGAGGAUCCGGGUCGGGCGGAUUUUGAACGGGCGAUCGUAUCAGCGGGCUAUGGAAAAUUCAACUAUCUGCUGUUAUUGGCGGUACUGCCAGCCUGUUUCUCCAGUAUCUUUUCGUCGUCGUCAAUGUCAUACGUGCUACCAUCCGCCGAAUGCGAUCUCGGCUUGACAAUGUUCGACAAGGGGCUGCUGAACUCGAUGGUGUUUGCAGGUAUGAUCUGCACGGCAUUUUUCUGGGGUUGCAUGACCGAUAUAUUCGGCCGUAAGAAAAUCAUGUUCUACGGUUACUUGGUGACCGGUCUACUAAGUUUGGCGACAUCUUUUUCGUACACCUUUUGGAUUUUAUUAGUAUGCAAAUUUUUCGACGGCGUGAUCAUGUCCGGUCCAUACGCAGCGCUCAUGUCGUACUUGGCGGAGACACACGGCGAUGUACAUCGAUCGCGCUCGUAUAUGUGGCUCGGUGUGUUUUUCUCGCUCGGAAAUAUUUCCUUGCCAUGUAUAGCGUGGUUCGUGAUACCUCAAACGUGGGAUUUUACGCUUCUAAAUGGAACGAUGAAGAUCCAUUCUUGGAGAGUGUUUUUGGCAAUCUGCUCGUUACCCGAGUUUCUAGCGUGCAUCGCUCUGUUUGCCUUUCCGGAGAGCCCGCGUUUUCUCAUUCUGAAAGGUCGACACGACGAGGCGUUGGACGUUUUCAAGAAAAUCUACUCGCUCAAUACCGGCAAGGACCCUGACACAUAUCCGAUAAAAACUCUCGAGGAUGAAUAUUCGAUUGAAGGAGUCAAAUCUUCCGGAGAACGUUUGCAGGAUAAAGCGUACACCUGCUGGAAGCAAAUCAAGCCUUUGUUUUUGCCACCCAACAUCUUCAAGCUGAUAGCCAUAUCGAUGAUACAGUUCGGCGCAACGACAGGGUCAAACUCGCUGCGACUUUGGAUGCCGCAGCUGUUCGCCAUGAUCGAGAGCUACAAGAAUACCGUCGAGAGAGAUGCGUUAGGCCAUGCGUUAGGCUUGCAGCCGUCCUUUUGCUACAUGUUAGGUAAAGAAAAGUCGCAGCACAAUUCUACUCGAUACGUCAACGAGACGAUGGACAACGUCGCGGCUGCCUGUGUGUCGCCAUACUUGAAUUCUCGAGUUUUUGUCAACUCCAUCGUAAUUGCCGUUACAGGUGUUGUCGGUUAUACCUUGGCCGGUUCCCUCAUCACAGUGGUCGGAAAGAAGAAAUUAAUGGCAAUUUGCUUCAUCGUCGCCGCUGCCUGUUGCGGCUCGCUCUAUUGGGCUAAUGAUACCAAUGGCGUCCUCGUUUUGUCCUCGGUGUUUGUCGCGAUGUCGAGCAUAGGCGGAGCGACCGUUAUCAACGUUAUCGUCGACAAUUUCCCCACAUGUUUAAGAACUAUGGCGGUCAGUAUAACCAUGAUGAUGGGAAGAAUCGGCGCGGUGAUAGGCAAUUUAUUGUUCCCCGUUUUAUUUGAUUUAUCAUGCCUAGGACCCUUCGUCAUGAUUGGCACGGCUUCUUUAAUAUGUGCGCUUUUGAUUGCUGUAUUACCAAGGAAACGAAAACAGCUCACAACGACCGAAUAUGUACCGAAGGACAUGGUUUGACGCACGCUGCUCACCUGAUGUUUCGCAUCUGAUGAAAAGACCGACUUGUGCUGUUACACAUCGCUGUUACAGCUGCAGUUGCUCGCAAUUUUUUCUCCAUUGUGUAAAUACACGUUGUGUUCAUACAGUGCCUUA